UUGUGUAAUAAAAUAGAGUCUUAACUUUACGGAAACUUAUUAGAAAACAAAAAGAAAUCAGCUAUACGUUAGACAUUCAAUGCAUACGUUAUUUAGAGAAAUUGCUUAUUUGGAAUAAUAAAUAUCGGAUGAUAAAUUAGAUAACUAAAAGAAAGGCAAAGAUGCCAGCUCUCGACGGAUUAGCUGGUAUUGUUAUUCUUGCGAUAUUUGGAUCAGCAUUUGUUAUCACAUGUGGAAUUUCUGCAAUUAAAGCCAUUAGGGACAGAACACGGUUGAAGAAACGAAAGAAACAAACAUCUCGUCGGAAAAAUGGAAAAUACAAAACGGAAAAUGAAUGUAAGAAAACGGAAUCACCCACCGAACAAGUCCAACAAUCAAAGGUAGAAUCUAAUAAAUGCCAGUCGCUUCAAUCUAGUAAUAAACGAUUAAAAGAUGCAUCUGCUGGUGUAAAAGACUCAUUUGAAAAAGUUGAUUUGUCAGUGUACUCUAUUAGUGAAGGAGUAGAUAACUUAACUUUCAAUCAUAGUGACGCUGAUAUACAAAUUAUUGAUGAAAAUAAUUGUUCAUCAGAGAAAUUGCAAACAGACAAGAAUGUGAAUGUGUCGACUUGUCAGAAAACAGGACCAAAGAAAGAUUUAUCAUACGAGAAGACAUUCGAGUCAGACAUGGUUUCCAAACGUCUUUCUAACGACCGUUUUGUCAUAAGGAAAAUCAUGCGAAGGCAUUCAUACGAGCUUGCAGUAUGUGAAGAUUCCUGGAUGCCUUUAGACAGCCCUUGUUGUUCAAGGACUAAAUUAGAAAACUCACACAUUGAAGAAAUUAAGAAGGAUAAGAACACAUUCAAUGUUUCAUUUGAAAACCAGGCUUACGAUAAGGAUGAUUUGGAAAAUACAUAAACUAAACAACUUUUGGUAUAGAUUCACUCGUAUACUUCAAUGUUAACUUUCAAACGUUUGAUGAAUUAAACGGAGAUUAUUAAACGAUAUGAAACCUAUCACAAAAAGAAAAACCGAUAACAACCGAUUGGUUUAGGAAAUAUGGCAAAUGGAGUCAAACAGCGGGGCAGUUAUAUCAUGUUUGAUAAUGUUGAAUACCGACAAUUGAAAGUAUAUAAAGUUUGCAGACUUUUUAAAAAGAUUAAAAGACUUAAAAAUGUUAAUAAGACUAUAAAAAAUGCAUAAAUCAGUGUUUUGCAGGUUUACAACGUUGCAGGUUGACAGCGAAAUGAUAUUAUUCUUACUCCAUACCUUAUAUUUACUUGGAAAAACAGUUACUUGAAUGAUAAGUCCUUUUUCACUCGUGAUGAACUCGUCUGAAUGACAGAAAGAACAUGUUAUACAAUUGUACAGGAAACCGAUUUACA